UCGAGAUUCGUUUCAAAUUGUUAAUGCUACAAAUGGAAGGCAUGUGUUUAUAUUUCCUGGUGGUGAUAUUGGUGAUGGUUUUGUCAGUACAAAGCCAAGGAGGAUUGAGACCUGGGUUUUAUUCUUCUUCAUGCCCAAAGGCUGGGGUGGUUGUCAGGUCUACAGUUACAUCACACUUCAACAAAGAUCCCACCGUAGCACCAGGUUUACUAAGGCUUCAUUUCCAUGACUGCUUCGUGCAGGGUUGUGAUGGCUCAGUGUUGAUUGCGGGGUCUUCGGCUGAGAGAAACGCGUUGCCAAAUCUCGGAUUAAGAGGAUUUGAAGUAAUCGAUGAUGCAAAAACACAACUAGAGGCUUUGUGCCCUGGUGUAGUGUCAUGUGCUGAUAUAUUAGCACUUGCUGCUCGUGAUGCCGUUGACUUGAGUGAUGGUCCAAGCUGGAAAGUGCCAACUGGUAGAAGAGAUGGCAGAGUUUCUUCAUCAUCCCAAGCCUCCAAUUUGCCUUCACCUCUUGAUUCCGUCGCUGUCCAGAGGCAAAAAUUUGCUGCCAAAGGCCUUGACGAUCACGAUCUUGUAACACUGGUCGGAGCACAUACCAUAGGGCAAACAGACUGUUUAUUCUUCCGAUAUCGUCUGUACAACUUCACAAAAACAGGCAGUGCAGAUCCUACAAUAAACCAGUCGUUCUUGGCACAACUCCAAACCCUUUGUCCCAAUGGUGGCGACGGUUCAAAACGUGUUGCGUUGGACAUAGAUAGCCAGACUGAUUUUGAUGUGAGCUUUUUUAAGAAUAUACGAGAUGGUAAAGGAGUUCUAGAGUCGGACCAAAGGUUGUGGGGGGAUUCUGUCACACGUAGUGUCGUGGAGAACUAUGCGGGCACCAUAAGAGGAUUACUGGGACUUAGAUUUGAUCAUGAAUUUCCAAAAGCUAUGAUCAAAAUGAGUAGCAUAGAAGUCAAGACUGGUAGAGAUGGAGAGAUUAGGAAGAUAUGUUCAAAGUUCAAUUAAUUACAAAUUAAAGGGCAAAAUAAACCAGUGUUUAAUUUAAGCGUUAAAGUGGGAGUGCAGAAAUUCUAUUGAGAUAUUGUAUAAGGAUUACAGAAGUGAUGUGAUUCCACUGAUGCAACUAUUAUAACUACGGUUAAUUUAGCCAUUUAGGUGAAUAAGGAAUAUGUUGCUUGCGGCGAAUAUCAGUUCAAGAGAAGGACAUUACUUACUGUAAAAAAAAAAAAAAAUAAAUAAAUAAACCGUCGCCUGAGAGAUUCGAACUCUCGCGGGGAAACCCCAUGUACUUAGCAGGCACACGCCUUAACCACUCGGCCAAAGCGACGUCUGUAAUAGGAGUGUUUGAAAAUAUAAUAUUCUAUGUA